UGGAAGGGUUACUCACUUCGUCGAUACAAUGACACUUCAGGCGCAGAAGAACGCCGAUAAAGCGUUGGCAAAGGCGAUAUAUGCUUCCAACUCACCGUUUUCCUUGGUUACAAAUGACUAUUGGCAGGCAGCAUUUAAAGCACUCAGACCAUCUUACAAGCCCCCGAGCCGGUACAGCUUGGCUGGUCCACUGCUCGACGCUGAGUACGAGGCGGCUACCGUAUCCGUGAAUAAUUCUAUUGAAAAGGCUUCAUGCAUCACCCUUGUCACUGACGGCUGGACUAACGUCGAAGGAGAGUCAGUUAUGAACUUUGUACUCUGCACACCAUCGCCAUUGUUCUUCAAGUCAAUCAACACCGGCAACAACAGGCAUACUGCCGCCUAUAUGGCAGAAGAAAUCUGUGCUGUUAUGGAAUCGGUUGGUAGCUCAAAGGUAAAGGCUCUGGUAACCGACAAUGCCAGCAAUAUGAAAGCGGCAUGGGCUCUCGUUAUUGAGCGAUUUCCUCAUGUUACCGCGAUUGGUUGCGCCACACACUCUCUUAACCUGCUGAUGAAUGAUCUCCUUACUCUUGGCACAAUCCACGAUGUGCACAAGCAGGCGAAAGAUAUAAUCAAAUACGUGAAGAAAACCCACGUGGUGUUGGCCACAUUCAAGGAAAGGCAGGAAUCGAAGUACGGCAAAAGUGUGAGCUGCAGCCUGAAGCUUCCAAGCAAGACAAGAUGGAGUGGUGUCUGUCUCUCCUUUGAAAGCCUCUUGAAAAACAUGGAGGUCUUGCAGGAAAUAGCUAUAAUGGAAAACUUGAAGUUCGACAAGACUCUCAGGCUGGUCGUUCUGGACGAAGAAGAGUUCUGGGUCGCAUUGAAAUCAUGCCAUACUUUGCUGGAACCCAUCGCAAAGGCUAUCAAAGCUCUAGAAGGUGACGGGGCACUCUUGUCCGACGUCACAAACUUUUUUCACAAUCUAGAGGAGGAGAUUCACUCGAAUUUGCAGCGCUCUGUUCUUUCGCAGAGUGAACAGGAUCUCGCUGAAAAAGCCUUAAAGACACGCAAAGUGUUUACAGUUCAUCCCGUGAACUGUGCAGCAAACCUACUUGACCCAAAAAUACAAGGGGAAAAAUCUGACUGA